AUGUCAAAUAAGAACUUCAUUCGUCAAAUUGAGAGCAUGAGUGAGUUCAAACUGCUUCAAACAGUCGUCAAGGGUGAGAUCAAGAUCCAAGAUGCAGUCCAAAAAAUCGUCGACAGGACUAUGAGUACGUUACCAUCAGCUUCUGGGGCAACCCAGCGCAGCGAUAUCGGCCUCACGGAUUACAACGUCUCUCUUGCAGUCAUGGAGCUUGCGCAGCGUCUAGAAAUACCCGAUCGUGCCAGACUUGUUGAAUUUACUAUUCAUCUACAAGAACAAGUUGCGCUGGACCCAGCCUCAAAUGAGCCUCUGAAAGUUCAAGGAGAUAUACUUUGGAGAGAUAUGCCAUCGUUUGGCUAUACAGAGCUAGAGACCUGGUCCGAGUUUGGUGGUGCUUACAAAGACCCGUGUGAACCAACACUCGACGCAGAAAAACGAGAUCGCUGGGUGAAAUUGAACGCAUUCCUCGCCCAACUUACUCAAGCUGCAUGGAUUGACUACCCUGCCCUGGGGCAAGAAGCCCGGUACUCACCGUUGGACAAAUCACUCCGGGCUAUCUGGUCGUUGUCUAUGGCACUUGAGAGCGAAUCUCCUCCUGCAACAUUGCAAGACACGGCAGCAAUGGAGGCGGCUUGCCAAUGGCUGAUCUACGCCGGAGAGAGAUUGUGGAUCAACGUUCUUAAUGCUCGCACAUAUCCAAAAGUCGCAGGAGCUGGUCCUGGGAAAAGAUAUCAUAAAAGAGGCUGGACUGGCUUCACAAGAGAGCGAUGGGGACUGUGGGAAGAUGCAUUAAAAGAAGGACGAGCGGCUUGCAACGAUCAGCGAAUCUUGAAACUGAUGGAAGAGGCAUUAAAUAGCCUCCAAAAGAGUAUGGCACAAGAGAAAUAG